UCUUGUGUUUGGCGGCUGUGCUGUAACAUAAUGGAGUGAGGUUGAUGUGCUUUUAAGUUGUGUUAUAAUAAGGGUUAAGUCUUAAUGUCCUCCUGUUGUUGCCUGUUUCUUUAAAAUUUGUCUUUUGUGAUAUUUUUUAUUUUUCAAUUUUAAAAUGUCUGAAGUCGAUCCAGAAGUUGAAGAUGUGGAAGAAACCGUAGAAGCCGAAAACACCGUUAAUGACACAGAAUCAAAUGGUCCUGAAGAGUCCGAAGAUGAAGGAGAAGAAGGUGGUGAGGAAAAUCCAACACCAGAGGAUGAUUCUUUGGGAAUGGAACAGACUGAAGAAGAAUCAAAUGGUCUUUUGGACUGCAUUCAGAAAGAUGACUCAGAAUUUGACACCAAAGUGGAAUCUGAUCGUGGCAAGCGAUUUGAGUUUCUUUUACAACAAACAGAAAUUUUCUCCCAUUUCAUGACAACUGGCUCAAAUGCUGCAAAAGAUGGGUCUCCUGUAAAAUUAAAACCUGGACGUCCAAAAUUGAAAAAGAAUGACGAAAAAGCAAAGCUUUCAGCUGUUGGGGAUCAUCGUCACCGAAUGACUGAACAAGAAGAAGAUGAAGAAUUAUUAUUGUCCGCUGCAAAAAAAUCUCCUAAAACAGUAACUCGUUUUGAAGCAUCUCCUUCAUAUAUUGUGGGUGGUGAACUUCGUGAUUAUCAAGUACGUGGUUUAAAUUGGAUGAUAUCUUUAUAUGAACAUGGUAUCAAUGGUAUCUUAGCUGAUGAAAUGGGUUUGGGUAAAACCUUACAAACAAUAUCUCUUCUUGGAUACAUGAAGCAUUAUAGAAAUUCAUCUGGACCACAUAUGGUGAUUGUACCAAAAUCAACUCUAGCAAAUUGGCGGAAUGAAUUUGAACGAUGGUGCCCUUCCAUACGUGCUGUUUGCCUUAUAGGAGAUCAAGCUACAAGAACUGCUUUCAUAAGAGAUACAUUGAUGCCUGGUGAUUGGGAUGUAUGUAUAACAUCAUAUGAAAUGAUUAUCAGAGAAAAAGCUACUCUUAAAAAAUUCAACUGGCGUUACAUUGUGAUUGAUGAGGCCCAUCGUAUAAAGAAUGAAAAAUCUAAGUUAUCUGAGAUAGUCCGAGAGUUCAAAUCCACAAAUCGGUUGCUACUUACUGGAACUCCUCUCCAGAAUAACUUGCAUGAACUUUGGGCCCUGCUGAACUUUUUACUUCCUGAUGUUUUUAAUUCCUCUGAGGAUUUCGAUGCUUGGUUCAACACAAAUAAUUGUUUGGGUGAUACAUCACUUGUGGAACGAUUACAUGCAGUUUUAAGGCCUUUCUUGCUGCGACGUCUAAAAUCUGAGGUAGAGAAGAAACUUCCACCAAAAAAAGAAAUCAAAGUGUAUGUGGGUUUGAGCAAAAUGCAGAGAGAAUGGUAUACUAAAGUUCUGAUGAAGGACAUUGAUGUUGUGAAUGGUGCUGGCAAAGUAGACAAAAUGAGGUUGUUGAAUAUUUUGAUGCAGCUUCGAAAGUGCUGUAACCAUCCUUAUCUAUUUGAUGGAGCUGAACCAGGUCCACCAUAUACAACCGAUGAACAUUUGGUAUACAACUGUGGAAAAAUUUGCAUUUUGGACAAAUUGCUUCCAAAAUUAAGGGAUCAAGGCUCUCGUGUUUUAAUAUUCUCACAGAUGACAAGAAUGCUUGACAUUCUGGAAGAUUAUGUCUUAUGGCGAGGAUUUCCUUAUUGUCGCUUAGAUGGACAAACACCUCACGAGGAUCGAGAGCGUCAAAUCAAUGAAUUCAACAAACCUGGCAGUGAGAAAUUUGUCUUUAUGUUAAGUACUCGUGCUGGUGGCCUGGGAAUCAAUUUAGCCACUGCUGACAUAGUUAUUCUUUUUGACUCUGACUGGAAUCCACAAGUAGAUUUACAAGCUAUGGAUCGUGCCCAUCGUAUUGGUCAAACAAAAACGGUCAAAGUUUUUCGUUUUAUUACUGAGAACACUGUUGAGGAGAGAAUUGUAGAAAGAGCAGAAGUUAAAUUAAGAUUAGAUAAUGUUGUUAUUCAGCAAGGUCGAUUAGUUGAUGCUCAAGCAAAUAAAUUGGGUAAGGAAGAAAUGCUGGGUAUGAUUCGACAUGGAGCUGACCACAUCUUUGCGUCCAAGGAGAGUGAAAUUACUGAUGAAGACAUUGAUGCAAUUUUAGAAAAGGGUGAAAAGAAGACUGCAGAAUUACAAAGUAAGCUGGAUGCAAUGGGAGAAAGUACUUUACGUAACUUUACUCUUGAUGCACCAGUUGAAAGCGUGUAUCGCUUUGAAGGUGAAGAUUAUCGUGAGAGACAAAAAACUGCUGGAAUCGGACACUGGAUUGAACCACCAAAGCGAGAACGUAAAGCCAAUUAUGCCGUUGAUGCCUAUUUUAGAGAAGCUCUUAGGGUCAGUGAGCCAAAGGCUCCAAAGGCGCCAAGACCUCCUAAACAACCUACUAUUCAAGACUUUCAGUUUUUCCCUCCACGGCUGUUUGAACUGCUUGACAAGGAAAUCUUUUACUUCCGGAAAACUAUCGGCUACAAGGUUCCUAAGAAUCCAGAUUUAGGGCCAGAUGCAGCAGUUUUUCAAAAGGAAGAGCAAGAAAAAAUUGAUGAAGCAGAACCUCUUACUGAAGAAGAGAUAACUGAAAAAGAAAGGCUCUUGAAUGAGGGUUUCACCAACUGGUCUAGGAGAGAUUUCAAUCAGUUCAUUAAAGCCAAUGAGAAAUAUGGCCGAGAUGAUACAGAAAAUAUUGCCAAGGAGGUGGAGGGAAAAACUCCAGAGGAGGUUAUGGAGUAUUCUCAAGUCUUCUGGGAGAGGUGUCAUGAAUUGCAAGAUAUUGAAAGAAUUAUGGCUCAAAUUGAAAGAGGAGAAGCUCGUAUUCAACGAAGAGCCAGUAUUAAAAAAGCUUUGGAUGCAAAGAUGGCUCGCUACAGAGCUCCAUUCCAUCAACUCAGAAUUGCCUAUGGCACAAAUAAAGGAAAAAAUUAUACAGAGGAAGAAGAUCGUUUCUUGGUAUGCAUGCUGCACAAAUUAGGAUUUGAUAGAGAAAAUGCAUACGAUGAACUACGAUCUGAAAUUCGUAAAGCACCACAAUUUCGCUUCGAUUGGUUCAUCAAAUCAAGAACUGCUGCUGAACUUCAAAGACGUUGUAACACCUUGAUAACACUCAUUGAAAGAGAAAAUCAAGAACUUGAAGAAAAAGAAAAGGCCGAGCGAAAGAAAAGAGGUCCAAAGCCAGGAAUUCCAAAAGGUCCACAAAAACGAAAAUCUGAUGGAAUACCCGACGGUAGAGGCCGCAAAAAGAAGAAGUAAAUUGAAAAAUCAUUUAACAUUAAAACUCAUAAUUUAUGUUUAUGAACAUUAGAAACCCUUCUUAACAAAGCACAAAAGUUUAACGGGGCUCUAGAAAUUCAAUGGAACAUUAUUUUCAUUUUGUCGGUAUAUUUAAUUCUCAUUUGAUGUAGAAUUUCUGACAUUUUUAAUUGGCAUCGUGUAGGCAAUCAUGUGUUUAUUCAUUGUACAGUUUGAUACUCAGUUUUUAUGUGUUAAUAAAAUGUAUAUUCUAAAUUGGAA